AUGGAACCCGCAGCAGCAGGCGCUCUCGACGCAGCCGAGAACCUUCUCUACGGUGCAGCAGCUUUGGUCAAGGGGAUAACCACCCGACCUCAUCUUCUAAAAGCGAACCUCACUCGCAUUGAUUCUGUACCACUCCCUCGAUCACACCACACUCUCUCUGUCGUUAAAGGUCGCGCAUACAUCUUCGGAGGCGAGGUAGCACCUGGCGAACUCGCGGAUACUGACAUACACGUCGUAAUUCUACCUUCUUCUGGCGUUCUAGAAGCAGACUACACUACCAUAAAAGCACGACCUGAGACCUCAGGCGGAGAUGUUCCUGCCCCACGCAAGGGACACUCGAGCGUGGUGAUAGGAGAUAGUAUAUAUAUCUUCGGUGGCGAAGGUGUACAGGAGGAGAAGGGCAGGGUCUGGGUCUUCCAAACCUCACGUUUAACUUGGUCGUACCUUGACCCAUCGCCAGAUGCAGCAGUGCCGGCCCACCGUACAGGUCACGCAGCUGCAGCAAGUGAACUGCCCGCUCCGAAAGAUAUAGUCUACCAAGAGAAGGCACCGCAGCAGCCUACAGAUCCAGCAAAAGUGGUGCCAGAACCCGCUGAAGAGGAUACCUGGGGCACCAUCUUCGUGAUCGGUGGAAGAGACACAGCAACGGGGGAACUAGCUGGUGAUGCGCUGGCCUUUGAUGUGCGCACGCGAACGUGGUCGAACUUGCCCAUACCAGACGGGCCACCCGAGGGAGCCAGUCUCGCGCUCGUCGGCAACAGUCUGUACCUUCUAGGUGGGAAGGCGUCCACCGAGAGGGGAGGAAGUGCGAUAGCGACUACACAGGUCCUCGAUGUAUCGUUUGUGUGGCAGCAUGCCGAGGACGGGACUACACCGCUCGCCAGCGGCUGGACCUGGCAUUCUCUCUCUGCGCCAUCAGCGGCGGAUGGGUCAACAAGUCUCGCUCCUUCACCAAGGUUCGCUGCGGGGCUAGAAGGCGUGACAACGGGGCAAGGAAGACACUACCUUCUGCUCUUUGGAGGCUCUUCGCCCGCGCCGGAUAACAACAUCACACUCCUCGAUGAUAUCUGGGCGUUCCAGCUGCCGUCUGAGCGGGCUAGUGCGGCGAUUGCCAAGGAUUCGGCACGAGCGGGUUUGAAGAGGGAGAUGUACGAUGCUCAUUGGGCGGAGGUGGGGUGCAAGUACACGGAUACGAGGGGCGAGGAGGUAGACCAGGAAAAUAACAGCGGCAUAAAGGGGUUUGGAUCGAGGGGUGGUUUUGCGGCAGCGAAAGGAACCGAGGUUGAUGGCGCCAGCGUCGUGGUUUGGGAUGGGGUGGAUGGUGAAGGAAGGAUCUUAAGUGACGGCUGGCUGGUCACUGCGGAGAGGUAG